GAUCGGUUUCCUCUUCGUGGCCUGCAUUCUUGUGGCCGGCUACGUGGCACUUGGUAGCUGUGCCAAUUUGGCGCUGGCGCCUGUCCAAGAAUCCCGACGCGCGUCUCCUAACGCCUACGGACCUGUGGCUUUGGGUUCUGACGAGCCGAAGUCUCAGGGGUCUCGGCCGAUGUUCAUGCCAGCAUCGGUGGCCUUUCUUGAGGCUUUGCCCUGUAGCUUCGGACUUUUGGGGCUGAGCUCCGCAGGCUUUGCAGUGAAUGUCAACUUGGAUUUUUCCGACUACCUGCGGGCCGAACUGGAGGAGCAGUACUUGCUGGACGCCGCCGACGAGGCGCAAGACGGGGGACCGCCGGCGGAGAUCACAAGAAUGGAGGGUGGGGCAGGGUCGGAGUCAGAUGAAGAGAGACGGGGAGAGUCGUGUCGGGAGCACGGCCCGUUCUUGAAGGGCUGGACGGUCUACGACUAUGAGCAAAGACAGAGGAGCAAUGGCUCCAUGGAGGCAUGUGCUUUGACAGCACCGCAGCCGCAGACGCUGGCCUUGGGCGUCGGCUGCAAGGGGUGCAAGAGCAGACGCCGCUUGCUGCUGGGCCUGACUAGUGUUACGAGCGGCUUAGCAUACCAGAUUUGGGAGCUGGACAUCUUCUACCAAGCCGUGGACCCGAGCACAGGCAUCUUCACCGAAGAAGCCUUGAAGGAGAUCAAGGAUUUCGAAGAUCAAUUGGUGUCCUUCGAUGGAUAUGGAGACUUCUGUCGGAGGUGGCACGAUCGAGGAUCUUCCUGUGAUGUGCCUUACUCUGUGAAGAACCUCUUCUAUUCAGUGCCGAAUGCCAGCCUCCACAACGGCUCCACCAUGUCACUGGCAUACGAUGGUUCGGGCACGCUCGCGGACAUCGAGUCUGUCUUGAAGGAGCUCUUGAAUAACGAGAUCCGCUGGUGGACGGAUGGCGAUUUCAACCGCAACAACUUGAAGAGCCAGUACUCACGUGCGACCCUGUAUGGAGGUGCGCCACUGCCUGGAUACUCGAGCUGGGAUGAUCGACGUGCUGAACAGGAGGCGAAGAUUAAUGCCUGGCUAGGCCGCCUGUUCGAGGAGUUCUUGCGACGAGCCGAUUUGACCGGGGACGAUGCCCUUCCCUACAAGCACGUGAAGUUUACGUGGUAUGAGAGGAGGAUCAACAACUACGAGAUUUUGUACUAUUUGCGCUUCGAUACGCUCUUUGCGCUGGGCACGAUGGCAACGGUCGCCUUGCUGGUGUUGGCGCGGAUCCAAAAUCUCUUCAUCACCUUCUUCGGUGCCAUCGGGGUGGCCCUGGCUUUUGUGGGGACCUACUACUUUCACUUCGUCGUCGCCGGUUUCAAGGCCCUGAGCAUCCUGGACUUCGUCUCUCUCUUCGUGAUCCUAGGCAUUGCAGCAGAUGACGUGCUUCUGCUUUUCAACACUUACUCUCUUGCGGCUGUGCUGCUGGGUGCAGAGGCCACUCCACAGCAGAAGAUGCGGUGGGCGUAUAAGGAGGGGACCGCACCGAUGCUGGUCACGACAGUAACAACAUGCGGUUCCUUUUAUGCCAACUGCUUCUCCAUCGUGACUCACCAAUUCUUCGGUGUCCUCAAAAUCUUCGGCUUCUUCAUGGCAACUCUCGUGGCAUGGAAUUUCUUGAAUGUGUUGAUCAUCUUUCCGGCAGCGAUCCUGGUAAACGACCUCUACAUCAUUCCGCUUCUGACUUGUCGGCGCGAUCACGUCGCCCAGGCGACGCAGAGCGUGGCUUUGCUUAGCAUGGAUGCAAAGCAGUGCAUGUCUGAUGGCUGCCCAGGCAAACGAGCGAGCAACGCAGCCAUUCAGUCCAAGCAGAGAUUGCUGGUCAAGGGGGUGACGGACGUGAAGCACCAGGACUUGGGACUGGUCGAGCGGGUCGUGGCGAAGCGCUUCUCUCCGUGUCUCUAUCACUCUCGCUGCCUCUUGAUCCUGCUCUCGAUAGUCGCAGCUGGAGUCUUCUGCUACCUGGCGACUGUUGCCUUCCACGUGUCGGAGGGCCAAAUCAAAAUCUUCGAGGAGGAUCUGAAUCUGGGAAGGCUGGAGGAGCUUCGGAAGGAGGUGUUCCCGGCAACCAGCGACGAGGACUUCAAGGAGGCAAUCCGAGCAGCGCCCCCCGAUCGUGCCACUGACGUGAGAAGCUGCCCCGGCCGCACAGUGGGUGAUGGAAACACCUCCUGGUGCAGCGGCCAAGGGACCUGUGAUGCCACGAGCAGCACGUGCUCCUGCGACGAGGGCGUCGUCGGCCAAGGAUGCUCCGUGACCCGAUCCUCUGGAACUCUCGACCUGGUGUACCUCUCCAUCGCUCAGGACCCGGAGAGCGAGUAUCUCUACGCCCACGUCCUCUCCUCCCCAGAGCUGCUCGCGGCCCCCGAUGCGCUUCCUCUGGGCCGCGGGGACUUCUUCUUGCGGAACCAAGGCGACGAGGACGUCGACUGGCAGCUGGAUCGCGAGGUACCGGCCUGGUUGUCCUUCGAGCCCACUGGCGGAGUGCUCCAGAAGCGCAGCUUUUCCAGGACCGACGACAGCUUCGCGGGGAGAAGCUCCUUCCAGGCCGCCUUCGACUUGGCGGGGAAGACCAGUGGUUGGAGCGAGCAGAUGGAGCUCCGACUGCUCGCGACGACGCCCUCGGCAUCGCUGCCACCUCGCAGCCUCCGCAUCACCGCCGCCGUCGCUUCACCUCCAGCUCUUGGAGCUCUCAAGGCCUUCGCGGAGGGCGAGGAGGUUUCCUUGCAGCCGGCCUUCGACGUCUCCCGCGGCUUCGGCACAGACCCUUCCGAGAACUUCGUCUCGCGGAACCUCGAGAUCAGGUAUCAGGUGUUCAGCCGGAGUGACUGGUUGCGCGUGGAUCUCGAAGCCCUUGGGCCGGAUUCCGUCCUGGUCUCCGGCCGGCCGCUCCGGGGCACCUCCCUCGGCAUCUCGGCACCUGGGUCCAUUGAGAUCCAAGUAAUCUCCAGCUUCAGCCGCCAGACCACAACGUACUUCCUCGAAGCUUUCAGGUCUUGUGACGGGCCGUGUCCGACCGAAACCUCGACAACGGCAACGACGACCCGCAUCACUUCCACACUCGUCCCGGGCGUCUCGAGCACCACCACGACGCACACCACGACCCAGACGCAGGACACAGAUCACCUGGUCGGACUGAUGACCCUCGCGGCGCUGAACUGCCCAGCACUCCGAUCCCAGGAAGGGAAGAGCCGGCUGGAGUUUGGGCUCGCCCAAAUCGCCCAGGUGGAGGAGGCGGUGGUGAGUGUCUCUGUGUGGUGUGAUGGGCGCCGGCUAUCGAGCUCGAGGCAACUUCAGGUGAGCCCGGUGGAGCUCCUUUAUUCCAUGGUGGUGGUGGGCGGGGGCAUCGCCACGGCGGACGUCGUGAGGCGCCUGGACCUGGAGUCUCCGGAGACCAUGACCCAAAAGCUUCAGGCUUCCCUGGAUGCUGACGGCUUUCCCGUGGUGCUGGAAGUCCUGAGCUUGGAGGCCAUCCAGGUGAAUCCUGAUCCAACCACCACGGCGACGAGCAGCACCUGGACUUUCACGCCCUCCACAGGGACGGCAACUGCAACGACAAGCACUGCAACGACCACUUCCGUCACAGUGAGCGCUACAACUUCACUGACCGCCACUUCGGCAACCGAGACUUCCACCACGUCUUCGACAAGCAAAAGUGGCACCUCGACCCGCACGACCUCCACGUCUUCCAGCAUCUCCAGAACCUCCAGCACCGUUUCUCAAACAUCGAGCACCUACACCAGCGUCACAAGCACAUGGACGCGAAGCAGCACUACCACCCUGACCUUCACCACUGCCACUAACACCAUCACCUUUGCAGAUGGGUUCGGGUACAUCUUCGGCGAGGCGCGGCUGGCGGAGUGCAUAAGCGCCGGGAGCGCAGCGCGGGAGCCGGAGCUCCUGGAGGCGCUGGCCGAAGGCAUCGCCUCCCUCGCCGAGGUGGAGGCCUCCCUGGUGGAGCCUCGCCUCUGCCCGGAGCAGGCUCGAAGGUUGCAGGCGGCCUCGCCCAGGUUGGAGUAUGGGAUCCACAUCCCCUCCGAAAGGGGUCUGGAGCUCUUCCCGCGGGCCUUUGCGGCGCUCCAGGCCGCCAGCGCCGCGUCCCUGCAGGCGGCGCUGAACGCUGCGCUCCGGGACCAAGGCUUUGUUGGGUCAAACCUGACCGUCGAAGACGCCUCCGUUUUCUCCGGGGCCCCUCCCACGACGCGAACUAGCUCCACAGCGACCAGCACCACCACAACGACCACCAUCUUAUGCCCCGGAAAUCCUGUGUGCUCCGGUUCUGGCAGCUGCGUCCAACAGGAGACUGGCGACUGGGCUUGCGAAUGUCGAGAGACCUUUGCGGGAGAGGAUUGCGCAAUUCGCGAGUGCCCAACCUGCGCGAACAAUGCGAGCUGCCUAGAGGGCGCGCAGGACCUUGAGGCGGUUUGGGAAUGCGAUUGCAUCGAGCCCUAUUAUGGGCCACGCUGUGAAGAGAAGGGCUGCCCCGGAAACUGCACCAACGCGGGUGACUGCGACGCUGCCACGGGCUUGUGCUCCUGCUUCGCAGGGAGUUUGGGCGAGGACUGUGCCCAGCGAGAGGUUCCUCUGACGAACGCCAUUGAGAUCGCCAUUGUGUUCGGCUUGCUGGGUUACGAAGACGACAACAGGUCAGCACCAGCUUAUGAUGGCUCGGUGGAUCUGUUGUCCCCGGCAGUGCAGGCCCACAUGCUGCGAACCUGCACCGAGGCCCGAGCCGACGCAGGGCUCCUGGUGAAGAGCGAGCUCAGCUGCUGGAUCGAGAGCUUCGCCGAGUUCAUGCCUCUGGUCGGAGGAGCCUUCCCCGUGAACGACUCCGACAUGGUCCGGGAAGCCUUCCAGGCCUUCAUGCACCAGAACGUGGCCAGUUUAAAUAGCUUCCUGGCGGAGAGUUACCAGAAGGAUGUCCGGACAGCUGGCGAGGACUUCGCCGCUGGGUGGCCAGAGUCCGGUCACGCAGAUGUGGUGACAAAGUCGACCGCCCAGGCAGGCCGUGUGAUGUUCUCCAGGCUCCGCAUGAAGGUGAACAUGGCGGUGAAUGCUGCAAAGGAGCAGAAGGAUGUGGUCCGGCAGCGCUGGCAGGACUUCGUAGCGUCCUUGAACCAGAGGGCCCCGCCAGAAGCUGGACAAGCCAUGAUGGUGUCCUGGGUGUGGACCAGUAUGGCUCUUGAGGAGUCUGUCUUUUCCAGCACAAUCCUGGCCUUCUCACUUUCCUUAUCCACUUCGAUGGUGGCCGUGGCCCUCUUCACCCGGGACAUACUGCUGGCCUUCUACGUGUGCUUGAACAUUUUGCUGGUGGUCUCGGUCCUCUCGGGCUUCCUCCUGAACGUCCUGGACUACGACUUCGGCGUGGUCGAAGCGAUCGGCGCAACGAUCUUCGUGGGCCUCAGUGUUGACUAUUGCCUCCAUCUAGCACACGGAUACCACACGGCCAGUGGCCGGCAGGCCAAGGUACGGGUGCACCAUGCGCUCGUAAUGCUGACGCCGACCAUACUGGGAGGCGCCCUGACCACGAUUGCCGGCUGCGCGUUCCUACUUCCAUGCCGCAUCUUGCUUUUCAGAAAGCUUGGUUGGACCUUGAUGCUGAAUGCAAUCAUCGCCAUCACGUACACCUUCACGUUCCUUGCGCCACUGCUGAUGAUAGCCGGCCCGGUCAAGAGGAGUCCAGGUGCCGUGCGGGCAGGAUACGCCGACGGCGACAGCCCCACCGACUCCUUUGCAGCAGUCACAAGCCGCUUUGUGCAGAGGGAGGUGGUCCCAGAAUCCACUUGCAUCGGCAAAGCAGAGAGGACGCCGGAGGAGGGCCCGGCGGGCAACUUGCGGAAGUCGGCCGAGUCGGCCUCGUCCUCGCUGCAUUCUCAGAUUUGUGGGUCCUUCGCGGCUCAAGCUCAAGAAGGCUCUUGCGGCUCUCUUAUCCUCUUGGAGGAUAGGACGCUCGGCGUGGUCUUCGAGGGUCCUGGACAAGGCGGUGCCGGUGGAUUUCUGAGGCCUUUGGAGGUGGUCCGCGGCACGGCGGAAGCCUCGCGUCGGCUGCAGAGCGUCGAAGAGCAGCUGAAGUCGGCCUCGGCGACUUUCUGGGAGCGGGUUCAGCUCGCCUCGGUCUUGGAUUUGGGUCGCCGGCACCGGGAGGCAGCGGAGCAGCUUUCUCUGGCAGAGGCUGAGCACGGGGCCCAGGUCCCCUCCUCGCAGAAAGCCGCGGCGGCGCUGCUCGGCGCCAUGGUUCAACGGCAUCUCCGCUGGGAGGAGCAGCGGCACCGCCUGCGGAGUUGUGGGCAGAGGCAGAGACGCUCUGCAGCUUUGGACUUGGAGAUUCUGCCGGGCUCCAGCACGCGAGAGGAGCUCCGAAGCUUCCUUGUGCCUGGAAUGGAGAGGCCCUUUGUCUUGCGGGGCUUCCAGACACCGCGCUGGGCACCAGAGGACUUGCGAGAAAUCUUGGGGCACCGGCGGGUGCCCAUCCGGCGCUGUGAGGAUGCCUCGGCAAAUUGGGCUGCGCUCGAGUUCGUGAGCGCCGUGCCGUUCUCUGACUUCUAUGAUGCACACGUCCUGCCCUACCUCGCGGAAGGGGUGCUGGCACCGAGGGACAGCCCUCAGCUCUUCGACCAUUCGAUUUGGCAGCACUGUGAGGACACCCACAUCGGGCGCGAGCUGCUGAUGCCCAGCCAGGUCUUCCCAAAGGACUUGUACACCUCGGCCUCUGCGGAAGUUCAUCCCGUGACGGGCUCGGCGGGGCCCACGCUGUUCCUGGCGGCGCAAGGGACGGGAUCCUCGCUUCAUGUCGACACGCUGCAGACGCACUUUUGGAUGAUGCUCUGCCAUGGGCAGAAGCGCUGGCGGCUGGUGAGUGCAGAGGAUCUCUGCCUCCUUCGUCCGCUCUAUUUGACGGACCUGAACCCGGUCUUCCCUAAGGACCUCGACGCCUUCGAGGCGGAGGAGGAGGAGGAGGAGGACUACGCCUUCGUUUCGGUGUCGGAGGUCCUCCUGGAGCCGGGGGAUUUCCUCUUCGUGCCGGCGGGAUGGCCUCACCAGGUGGAGAACCUGAAGACCUCCGUGGCCGUCUCGGCGAACUUCGUGGAUGAGAGCAACCUGGAGCGGGCCUUGGAGGAGGCCGAGAUCUUGGGUUUGGUGGAGGAGACGCCCCAGCUGCUCGGCGCCGCCUUAAGGCGGCGUUCGGAGGCCGCCGCGGAGGCGGAGGAGGCGCCGUCGCCUUCGGAGACGCUGCGCGGCUUCAAGGCGAGGCACGGGGAGCCUCGGGCACCUCGGGAGGUCCAGCAGCUCCUGAAGCGAGGCUUCAGUGCCUUCGUCGGCUUCGUCGCAGCUGAGCAAGGUCGCGCGGACGCGGGUCCCCGCGGUGUUGGUUCUUGUGCUUGGGCCGAAGCACAGGAGGUGCUGGCCGAGGGCCUGCUGAUGGUGGACCGGGCCUCCAAGGCGAAGGGCGAAGAGGCGGACCCGGAGGGCCCUGGCGGACCCCGUGGCCGGGUGGCCGUGCAGAAGCAGCUUGGGGAUCUCUUGCCAGGCUAUGCAUCUCUGGGGGACUUCUGCCAGCACUUGGGCUACCUCCGCCAUCCGACAUCCGGAGGCUUCGUGCCCGACGAAAACGUGAGCUCCCGCCUCAAAGAAAGCAGGUGCACUGUCGGCUCAGACACCGGAGGACUUUUCACCAACGGAGGGCUUGUGUGGGCAAUACGGCUUUGUCUUCGGCACUUGCAAGCUCUCCGUCUGACUGGGCUCAAGCCGCUUCGAUAUGACUUUCCUCAGCGCCGCAGCUGGCAAUGGUGCGAGGCGCUGAUCGCCUUGGCCUUGGGCCAAGGCCAAAGUGUCGACGCGUCCCUUUGCUGGCCGCGGCCCUCCUCGGGCUCGGCGCUCCAUGGGCGACUCAGCUUCAGCCGUCUUAGGGCCAAAGCCCAGACCCAACGCGCCGAUGCUUGGCUCCAGCCGGGCCGCGCGCUGAAAGCGCUGGGGUCCUGGACGAACCGGGCCGUGUCUGCCGUGGGCAGCUUUGUGGUUCGUGAAGCCAACGUCCCUCUGGCCGACCUCUCCGGGGUGGAGCGAGACAGAGCAGGAGGGCUCUCGGCCUUGGUUGGAGCCUUGCUGGGGCACUCGGUCUGCGUGGCCUUCCUGAUGGAGCACGUGGAGGCGGCGCGGCGGGCCAAUCCCCUCAUCUACGAGGGAAACUUGGACCGCUGCAAAGUGCCUUUUGGCUCGCGUGAGCUGCUCCAGGAACGCUUCGGUUGGCUCCGGGCGGCCCUGCAGUUGACCACGGAGGAGGUGGAGGUGGCUGCGGGUUUGGAUGCGGCGAUGCUGGUGGAGUUCAUGGAUUUGGCGAUGUGGAUCCUGGCUGUCGUCGGCUUGCCCUUGAUCUGCAUUCUGUGUCCGCUUCAUUAUUUCUGUGGGGCGGUGGUGCAAGAGGAUAAGCUCAGUUCGAUUGGUAUGGCGAAUGUGGAACAUGGCAGUUGGCUAUGCUGGCUUCACAGCGGCAUAGUGUGGUUCGUCGUCCUAGUGGUGGAGAAGGCGGUGGCAAUGGCUCAGGGGGCAUUUGCAGUGCGCCGAGUGCAAUGGCUCCGGUCAAUGCCAGCACCCAGGUCAAGGACUCUGCUGGUGGAGCACAUCCCCCCCGAGUUCUGCUCUAAUGACAGCUUAUCCGCCUACUUCAAUUCUGUCUUCGGCCGCGAAGUGGUGGAGACCGCGCAUGUCACUCGCAAUACGCAGGCUCUCCGAGCUCUCCUCUCGAGCGUUCAGCUUGCCGAGGCGCAGCUUCAAGAGGGUGAGGUCUACCUGCAGAAGACCGGGCGCCGACCGACGAUGAUGAGGCCGAGAUCGGUGCAGGACUUCACCCUGGACGGGCCCGUCCGCGGCGAGCUGCGGGAUGUCAUCGACCACUGGUCCGAGGUGCUGCAAACCGAGCGCUCCGCCCUGCUGGCGGAGCAGCGCCGCCUUGGAUUGAAGGACGCCGCGGAGCCGGAUUUCAUCCGAGCUUACUGCACCAGCGCCUUUGUGACCUUCUGGAGCCGGAGGGACGCAGAGAUCGCUUUGAGGGUCCAGUACCGCGCGGAUGGGCUGCAGUUCUUGGUCUCCAGCGCUCCGGCUCCGGACGACGUGAGGCAUCAGGAUCUCCAGAAGGGCGGUGCCGUCUGGGGAGAUAUGCUCAUGGGCUACCUGUGCAUCCUCUUCCUUUUCUGGGUCUUCGCACCCUUCGUCGUGGCCUUCUCGGCCGUGGCGCAGCUGGAGACCUUGGAGACCGUGGUCCCAAGCCUUCACCACAUCGUGACCUACUGGCCGCUCUUCCGCUCCCUUUGGGACGGCCUGGCCAGCGCGUUCGCCCUCGCCCUCUUCAUGAGCUGCCUGCCCUUCUGCCUCUACGUCGUCUGCAGCCGCUUGUUCGUCACGAAGUCCGAGAGACGCUGCCAGCUCCGGGUCCAGAGCUGGUACUUCUUCUUCCUCGCCGUCUUCGUGCUGCUGGUACCCGCGGUGGGCUCCUCCGUCUUCUACACGAUGAGCCGCCUGGUGGAUCAUCCGAAGGAGAUCUUCUCGCUGCUGGCUUCUACGUUGCCAUAUUCCACACACUUCUACCUGAGCUACUUCCCGCUCCAGUGGACGUUUCAGGUGCUGGAGGCUGCACGCUACCCCAUCGCAAUGAAGUACCUGGCGAUGAAGGCCCUGUACGGCGAAGAUCAAGCCAAGACGCUGUGCGAGCCGGAGGACCAGGCCUACUACGGCAUAGGUGCUCGGUCCGCGCGGUGCUCUUUGCUGCUGUCGAUGGCCCUGACCUUCUGCAGCCUGUCGCCCUUGAUCUGCGCCUUGGGCCUCGCCACCUUCGGCCUCUGCCGGCUCACCUACGGAUAUCUGCUGGUCUACUCCGAAACAACGAAGCCGGACCUUGGGGGCGAAUUCUGGUGCUUGCAGCUUCAGCACCUUCAGAAGGGCUUGUUUCUCUACGUAGCUUUGAUGACAAGCGUGCUGCUGGAGAGGUCGGACUCCUUGGGCCCUCCGGGGAUCGCUGCCGGCGCCGGCGUCUUGCUCCUUCAGCAGUACCUCCAGUUCAAAAGGAAGUAUCAGUGGCGAUGCCUGCCCUUUGAGGACCUCGUCCACGUCGAUGAUGACAGGGCAUCCGUUGCGGUGACCGGGGUGGAGUACCAGCAGCCGGAGUUGCGGGAGACCUGA